AUGACUGUAUACGAACUGAAUGAAAUCCACAAUAAAGAAAUCGCUGAACCAUGUACAAAGAGUGAAGACGGAUUCUGGCAUAAUGUGAGAAAAUAUUUAAGAGAAUAUGCUGAAGUAACAGGAAUUCACGGAUUCCGGUAUGUUGCCGAAAAACGUUCCGCAGCUGAAAAGAUUAUUUGGAGUUUGGCUUUGAUAUUUUCAUUAGGUGGUUGUAUAUAUAUGAUUUCCAAAAUUCUGGAUAAGUAUGAGAGUAGUCCAGUGGUUCUCAGUUUUGCGGCUGAAAAUAUACCACUAUUUGAAAUCCCCUUCCCUGCUGUUACUAUUUGUCCAGAUAUAAAAUAUAAUACACAGGCGUUCAAUUACACCGAUAUCGUUCAUCGGUUAAAGCAUGACAAAUCAGUGGACAAAACAAAUUUAACGAUGUUUCACCAUCUAAGUGUUGUCUGUGAUGACAUACAUAAUACUUCCAAAUUUGAAAGUAAAACCUUGGAUAACGGAUUUUUUGAAACCAUACACGAAACCAAAAUGAAACUAGCGGAUAUAUUUACAUUCUGUAUUUAUCAGUCAGAAGAAAAUUGUGAAGAAUUAUUUACACCUAUUAUUACCGAUGCGGGAUUAUGUUAUUCGUUUAACAUUUUUGGAGGCGAAGAUAUAUCUCACGAUCACGUGUAA